AUGUACCGCCCAAAGCCCAAGCUCUCCGUCUCCAUUGCCGCCGCCCAAUCCACCGUCUCUCGUCCCUCCCUCUCCCUCAAGUCCCCAGGCCCUCUGCUCUCCCCACGCAGUCCGCUGUGCCCUCCCAGCCCCGCCCCGCCAGCAAAACGCUUCUCAAGUCUCCAAGUCCCAGCGCCCCCCAGCUACAACUACGUCAACUCGUGCUCAUCCAAGAGCAUCCUCAAGAAACAGGCCGGGCCGACGGGGACAUCGGCGUCGAAGCGCAUCCAGUUUGCGAGCCCGACGGUGCACUGCAUCACGCCGAUUGAGAACCGGGAUGAGUACUACGGGACGUACACAAAGCUGUCCAAGGAGGAGAGGAGGUGGAUUGUGAGGGAGUGA